AUGCGCGACCAACAACUAUACUACCAGCGCCUGCGCGUGUGGCUCGAGCAACAGCUGCGCCGCGAGAGGGAGAGCCUGCCUGACAGCAACGUCACGUUAGUCGAAGACUUACCUCGGCGCAAGCGUCGAACCGCGAGCCCCAAGCUGCCACGCCUCGCCACCGCUCCUAAGAGACGCCUCAAACACCCCUCCCCUCUCGCACGACCCCAUAAGAUCCUCCAAAUGCUCAAAUACAAAACCCCCCAAACCGAACUCUUGAAAUCCGACGAAGAGAAACCCAAGUCCGAAGCCGAACCGCCUGAGGCGUUCCCUUUAGAGAGAGAAGACAAUAUCAGCGAUACCGAAACGAUCGUAGGUGAGAAAGAGUCGGUGGAUAUCUGCAAAGAAAUGAAGGAAUGUCUGGCCAAAUUCGCCAAUUUUGCUCUCACGACAGACGCGAAUCUACAGCAGGAAUACGAAAUGCAGACGGAGGGAGGGAAGUAUCCGGAAUCCGUCAGUCCGCCGUUGCAAGAAAUGUCGCCAACGACGUCCGAACCGACGCCCACCUUUCAGAAACCAACUCAAAGAUUAUUAUCGGUCAACAAGUUACUCCGCGACGAUAAAAACGACGCACAAAACGCACCCGAUAUCAAUAUACCGUUGAAUGCACGCAAAAAAGAAGACGAAAAGGAAUGCAAUGAAGAAGAAUGCAACGAUAAAGACCCUAAUGUUUACAAGUAUGUAACAUUCGGUUUAGAAAUCAAAAAAGCUAUGGAGGAGUGUCAGAACAUAAUCAAUUCUUACAAUACCAUGAACAACGGGACCAAAGAUGACGAUGGGCCGUUGUCGCUAGAACAGAUAUGCGAGCAAGUGCUUAAUUUGGACAAGGAUUUCGCUGAUGUUCCUUACGCUAAACUGGAUUUAGACGAUCCGAGACAUUUAAAAGUUGCCAACUUCUUCUUCGAAAACAUGCCGCAAAUCAUCGCCAACAUGCCCAAAAUUGCGUCCAAACUCAAUCUAGAACUACCAGAUUUAGAUACAGUUAUAACUAACAUACCAGACGAGGCGCAGUUCACGCCGGAAACUUUAAAACAAAUUAGAGAAUUAAAGCUUAAUAAGUAUAGGGAUAACGUGAAAGUCACUAAGAACACUGCCAAACGCAAAGCGAACCGUAGGAUUAAGAAUAACAUUGACCCUGACUUCAUAGGCACUAUGACGUUCGAAUUCGACUCGAAGGAUAUCACAGACUUAUUGAAGGACGAAAAGGAGUUACAGGCGUUAAUGAAAAGCAAGAGCAACAAUAAAGAAGAUUUCAAAGAUCUGCUGUUUUCGAUCUCGGCUCAAGUAGUUAUAAAUAAAGUUUUCGAAUAUUUUAAACAGAACAAAAGUCCCGAACUGGCUAAAUGUUUAGAGGAAGACGGCGAAUUGUUCGCGUUGCCCAAAAACGCGAUCAAUUGUGAAAUGUACUCACAAGCGUCUACAUUAUUCGAUAAUUCGGUGAAAGACGCCCUCAGUAUGGACGAGUUACGCGAACUAGUGAAGUCCCGCUUUGUGUCGUGGAAACACUACGUCGCGGCGAAAUUCAAGAAUAUACCCAUGGAGUUGCUAGAGCACGAAAUCGAAGCUAUGCUAGACAAAUUCUACACGUACAUCCAAGAUUUGGCUUCGAAGCAAUACGCAAAUGAUUGUGAUAAGUUAUUAGAAAAAACCGAAGAGAUACGAACGAGGGAUUUUAGUCCCGACUCUGAUAAUUGCACCUCUAAGGAAUCGCUGCAGCAAAUCACGAAAUUUUUAAGAACAUCUGCUGGGAAUGCCUUCGAUCUUCUUCUUAUGAAACUGUCAGAGAUGUAUCAGGACCAGAAAUGGUCGGUAAAAGGCUUGAAAUUCAACUACAUGGAUGUUUUAAGACGAUGCGCGGAAUCCCAGCAGUUAGCCGGGUGGAUUCUAGUCAACCCAGAGAUAGCAGCAAAUGUGAUGCAAGAACUAACUGGACUGCCGAUUAAAAACACUGAGAACGUACCGGAUUUUACGACGUUAUCGUUAGACAAAAAGAAGGACUACUUCAUUGAGAGGUUAAGAGAAAUGAACAAAGUGUAUAUGGAGAGUUUGCCCAAGAAAGCACUUACGGGUGAUGAGUGGCUCGUGAUGCUGUAUAGAUUGGAACAACUCGAGCAAAAGUUGAAGGAAGCGUUCGCAAAAAUUCAACCGCCUCCUGCAACUGUGUCAGUCAAAUGUCAAACGAAUUCGAUAUCGAACGCGAGCGAAGCCGAAAUCUUAGCAGCUAAGGGCCUCAGCAAAAUCAUAGGGAAAGCGAACGUUAGGCCCGUCAAGAAAACCGAACCGAAACCCGUCGUGAAAGAGGAGGAAAAACCGGCGGAGAAACCGGAAAAAGAAGACGAUGACAAGAAAUGUAAGAACGAUGCUUUACUGGCAAAAUGCGAAGCGAUACUCACAUCGAAAGGGGACAAUACUUUACUAGAUAGCUUCUACACGAUCAAACAUUACAUCACCCAAGGACUACCAGUCCCGGAGACGUACAAAAAGCACGUCAUUUCCAUCUGUUCGAGCAUAGACGCGAAAUUACUGGACGAAGAUAUCGAAGAGACCUUAAAAGUGACAGAUGACGUUGACAGUUGCACGAUAGAGCAGAACCUAGCUGUCAUUGGUUCUCAGAACCCAGAAUUAUUGGCUAAAUAUUCCGCGCAAGCGUUGAGAAACGCGCGUCAAACAUUAAAUACUGUAGCGUUCAGAAACAUGAUGCGGAAUGGACAAUCUAAAUCAGAGUCCGACGCUUGUGAUACCCCGAAAACUGACUGCAAAUGGACGAACGAUUGUCUCUGCAAUUCUUGUAAAGACGCAGACUCCAAUUCGGUCUGCCUAGGCGAUAUAGUGAAGCAGUGCUAUGAGAAAGGCAAGAGUGGUCUAGAAGAGAAAAAGAAGGAAGUUAAGAAACCGGUGCCCAAACCAGCGAAGGCGCCGCCUAAAGCGUGCGAAAAUACUAACGCUACGCAUCAGCAACACGUCUGUAAAAUGAAUCAUGUGCCGGUGGCUGGCGGUGGAUGCGCGGGCGAGGGUGGAGCUGAUCAGCCCUGCACCUGCUGCUACUGCACCGUGUUUGGACAUGCGCCGCCUCUAACAACCCCCGUGCCGCGUAAUUUCAACGAGACGAGGGAGCGUCUGCGGUCCAUCCUCAACAAGAAGAAACAGCAAUGCAAGAGCAACGGAGAAGAAGUGCUGGAGAAGAAACAGGCGGCUGUACAGACGCAAGAAGUGGCUGCUCCGCCGAAGGUGAAACCGCCACAAGCGUCCCCUAAACCGCCGGCUCUCCCAAAAACACUUCCUCCAAGCCUAACCCCGUCUCAAGUGCAAGCGAACCGCCAAAAGCAGGCGACGCUAGAAGCGCAGCAACGCCAGUUAGCGGAUAAAAUGUCCAAGAUGGCCGUCAGCGAACGACCCAAAGUGGCCCAGAGAACAGUACCAGUUCAAAUGAAUACACCCCCUGGAUUGAAGGCGGAAGGAAAGGUCAAUCCGAACGCGAUGGAACAAAUUCGGUUACAGCAACUAAAACAACAACAACAAGCGCAGCUCCAACAACAAAUGCAGCAGCAACAACAGCAGAAGAAGCCGGAGCCGAUAUACGACCUGCCGAUACACAACAAGCCGACGCUCACGCCGCAGCAACAACAACAAAUUCGGCAGCAACAACAACAGUUCCAACAGCAACAACAGCAGGCUCAACAACAACAACAACAAGCGCAACAACAGGCGCAACAACAAAUCCAACAGCAGCAGUUGCAGCAACAACAACAGAAGUUGCAGCAGCAGCAACUUCAGCAACAACAAAUGAAGCAACAGCAACAACAACAGCAGCUGAAGCAACAACAACAACAGCAGCAGCAACAACAACAACAAAGGCUGUGUCGGCCGCAGCAACAGUGUGCUGUAUCGCUAUCUAGUCGGGAUACGAGCGUGUUCUCCACCUCCUCUGGUUGUUCGGGCGGCUCGUGCUGGCGCGGCUCCCGCUCGGACCCGCGCGAUUUGGACGCGCUGCUGCAGUACAUCGAGGGGCCCGCGCGCCACGUGGACCGCGGCAAGAAGCGCGCCAAGAAGCAGCGCCAGAAGGCCAAGAAGGCAAGAAACGACGACAGAAGGCUAUUAGGGUAUGCAUUCUGGCAUAGGGGGGUGCAUUAUGGCACAGGGGAGAUCAUUAUGCCACAGGGGAAUGCAUUCUGA